AUGUGGGGUUUUAGAGUCAUUAUACCUCCUAAUUUGCGAACUCGAGUCUUGGAGGAGCUUUAUGUCGGACAUUUAGGAGUAGUAAAGAUGAAGUCACUUGCCAGAAGCUUUGUAUGGUGGCCAGGAAUAGAUCAGCAGAUCGAGCAGCUUGCCAUGCAUUGCUCAGGAUGUCAGCAUGUUCCAAAGAUGCCAAAAGCAGCCCCAUUGCACGCUUGGGAAUGGCCCGCUCUGCCAUGGCAAAGGAUACAUGUUGAUUUUGCGGGCCCCUUCAUGGGCACUACGUUUCUCAUUGUUGUUGAUGCAUGUACAAAGUGGCCCGAAGUCUUCAGCAUGACCUCCACAACUGCUUCUCAAACUGUGACAGUACUGAGAGAACUCUUUGCAAGGACUGGUGUACCAGAACAGCUGGUGAGCGACAACGGGCCCCAGUUUGUAUCUGCAGAGUUUCAAGUCUUCCUUAAGAACAACGGGAUCAAACAUGUGACCUCAGCGCCCUACCACCCUGCCACAAAUGGCCUAGCUGAGAGAUUUGUGCAAAGCUUGAAGAAUGCUCUGCGUGCCAUGACAAACGGAAAAAUUACACUAAAUCAAAAAUUGCUAAAUUUCCUAUUUGCAUAUUGAAACGCAGCUCAUGCUACCACGAAUCGAACCCCAGCCAUGUUGUUUCUGGGAAGACCUUUACGCUCUAGGCUGGAUUUGUUGAAACCAAAUCUGAAAAGAACCGUACAGGACAAACAACUGAAACAAUCGCAAGGAGGAGGAAAAACACGCAAGUUGGAAGUUGGAGAUAGCGUGCUUGCUAGGGAUUACAGAGGAGAUCACAAGUGGAUGUCUGCAAGAAUCAAAGAAAGAACAGGUCCACUCUCGUAUACAGUGGAAGUUGCUCCCGACAUCCUCUGGAGGCAGCACAUUGAUCAGCUGAGAAGCUCAAAUGUUCCUCUGGAAAGUGUUCCAGUGAGUGCUCCAGUAAGUGUUCCAUCUACACCUGCUGUCUCUGCUACCAAUGGAAGUGACAUGGCACUACCACCAGAAGACACUGUAACUCCCUGUAAGGCACCACAAUCACCUGUUCCUACCUGUGAAAAGAGACGUUACCCUACCUGCAUACGGAAACCUCCAAACUGUCUGGAUUUAUAA